AUGGAAUACGCGCGUCCUCCAGCGGAAUUAUCACUCAAAGGCGGGCCAGCCGUGCGGGCCGAAGCGUGGCGUCAAUGGCGGCGGCUAUUCGAAGUGUUCUUAAAAGUAUCUGGAGUGAGCAAAAAGCCUAAAGAGAUUCAGGCUAGUUUGUUGGUUAACCUCAUCGGCUCGGCAACAGUAACAAGGUUCAAAUUCUUCUCGCGCAAUCAGGAGAAUGGAGAAAAUAUCGACCAAUAUGUGACCGCUUUGCGAGUACUAAGUCGGAAAUGCGACUUCGGUGAUUUGCACGAGAGCCUGCUGCGAGAUAAAAUCGUUUGCGGAAUAGUUAAUAACACGGUCAGGGAUCGUUUACUUCGUACAGACGAUUUGAGGUUAUCGAAAGCGAUACAAAUUUGUCAAGCUGCAGAAAUUUCUAAGGAAGAAAUUCUGUGUAUCGACGGCAACGAGGCGGAGAGCAGGUGA